AGCCUCGGGUGGAUAAUGGAUGCCGCCCCAUUGCUUGCAGGGGCCUCUGUCCUUUAUCCCAGGGAAGCACCAGAGAUUUUCCGCCGCGCGGACAAAAAUGACGAUGGGAAGCUGUCCUUGGAGGAGUUCCAGCUCUUCUUUGCAGAUGGCGUCCUCAACGAGACGGAGCUGGAGGGUCUCUUCCACACCAUCGACUCCGACAACACCAACCACGUGGACACCAAGGAGCUGUGUGAUUACUUUGUGGACCACAUGGGGGACUAUGAGGACGUCUUGGCCUCCCUGGAGACCUUGAACCAUUCUGUCCUGAAGGCCAUGGGCUACACCAAGAAGGUGUAUGAGGGAGGAAGCAACGUGGACCAGUUUGUGACCCGCUUCCUCCUGAAGGAGACGGCCAGUCAGAUCCAGUCGCUGCUGAGCUCCGUGGAGAGUGCGGUGGAGGCCAUUGAAGAGCAGACCAGCCAGAUCCGCCAGAACCACGGCAAGCCCGGCCCUGGCGUGGUGCAGACCUGGUAUGGAAGCCCCAGUGCCCCCUGCGGCACCGGCCACAAGCUCAUGCCCACAGAACGAGAGAGGAGCGUGCCUUCUGUCACCUCGGACCCCAAGGAGGAGGGCCUGGAAGCCCAGAUCAGCCGUUUGGCAGAGCUGAUAGGACGGCUGGAGAGCAAGACCCUCUGGUUUGACCUGCAGCAGCGCCUCUCAGAUGAAGACGGCACUAACAUGCAUCUGCAGCUGGUCCGGCAGGAGAUGGCCGUGUGUCCUGAGCAGCUCAGCGAGUUCCUGGACUCGCUGCGACAGUACCUGCGGGGCACCGCUGGGGCCAGGAGCUGCUUCCACCUGCUGUGUUUUCCUGCCCAUCCAGAGACACCCCACCCCACCCCCAAAACCCAAUCAGUGCCUCAUUCUGCUGCAGCUACAGACUUAGACGCACCAAGCUGCUCCGAUGACCUUCAUCUGUCGCAAAGCAUCGCCGCUGGGAGGCUGUCGGACGGCUUCACCUUUGUGGUCUAUGAGUUCUGGGAGACAGAGGAGGAGUGGAAGAGCUGCCUGGUGCACGGUGGGCCGAGACUGACCUGCUCCCCAACGCCCUGCGGACGAGCCUGGCACCCUCCCUCUCUUCUUAUAAAGGUCGCCCCCUCUUUUCUAGAAACUUUGGUAUAUGAGCGGUCUUUUCCAUAUACUUCCAAACAAGAAUGUAUUUUCCCACUGUUCGAAGUGAAGGCGAACCCCCUCCCCCCGCAUCCUCACAUCCCCCACCGCACCGGCCUUCUCUGGCCUCACUCCUCGCAGGCCACCCCUCUCCCUCCGUCUCUUCCACUCCUGGUCUACAUUCCUCUACCUGGUAGGAGUCAACACCCUGUAGUGCCCAACCUAGGCCUGUGCCAAGUCUGCACACGGCAGUAGAGCCCACGUAGCCAGUGCCAUACUAGGCAAACAGCCGCCGCUGGGAUAAGCACAAAAUAAACUCCCGUUGGGAACCGUCA